CCUGUUCUGCUAUCUAGUGAAAAGAUCCUUGUGCUUUGUGCAUUAUGAGACUCCACGCAUGCUUUAUACUUAUGUUUCUAUGUGCAGUGGCUGGUGUUACUAGUUUGUUUUUUGUUGUGAAAUGUUAAUAGUGCAUCAAUCACCAAGACUUAUGGUAAGGACCUUAUCAAAGUUUACUGAGGUACAGUAUACUGUGGAUCAAUAAAAAUGUAGCAAAGUGUUGAAAAGCAUUUGCAAGGGGAAUCAUCAAAUGGGAAACAGAUAAUUUUUUUUCAAAUGUGUUUUGCAUUUUCCAGUUUCCUGUACUGUUGUUUCUUUAGGAUGCACCAGAUUACAACAAUGUGCAGGAGCUGCAGUAUUUAGACAUGGUUAUCUCUGAGACCUUACGGAUGUACCCACCUGGAUUUAGGUUCACCCGUGAUGCUGCCAAGGACUGGAACGUAAAUGGUCACUUCAUUCCAGCUGGUGCUACAAUUGAGAUACCUGCCGGUUAUAUCCACUAUGAUCCUGAAUACUGGCCAGAGCCAGAGAAAUUCAUCCCGGAGAGGUUCACAACUGAAGCCAAAUCCCAAAGGCAUCCUUUCACAUACCUUCCAUUCGGAGCCGGACCCCGAAGCUGCAUUGCAAUGAGGCUAGCUUUACUGGAGGCAAAGAUAGCCAUGAUUUUGGGCUGUCCAGAAAUUCACCUUUCAAACGGGCCCAGAGACUAAGAUUCCUCUCUAGCUGAAAUCCAAUUCAACCCUUGGGCCGAAAAAUGGCAUCAUCAUCAAAAUAGCACAAUGCACUUGACAGUUGAGCUGAAGGCCCCCAUGAAAUGAAGCCGUCUCGAAUCUGUUUCUGUAUUAAUGAUUUAAUCUUCCUGCGCGAGACCGUUAUUUGCAGGCAAUACGCGGGUGAAAGGGACCUACUUCAUAAAUUGGCCUUCUAUUAACAAUGUUACAAUAUAAUAAAUGACAAUAGGUACACUUUAGUGGUUUUAUGUUAUGUGCAUUGUGAUAAAGGACUGGUGUGCAUCAGUAUAAGGAGAGAGUAUGUGAGUCUAGUGUACAGUGAACUCUUGCUAAUCAGAAGUAGUUAGAACCGGACCCUGUUCAGAGUUGUGAUUAAUUUGGAGUGAUUUUUUAAUUGUAAUUUGUAUGAUACUAACACGUCUUGUUUUGUUUUUGUUUUAUGUUUUUUAUACUUAUAUUUGAUAGGUAUAGUUAUUGGAAUAAAAUCUAAAGCUAUGUUUUAAAUACUUAUAGAAUUCUGAAAUUGUUCCGUUUCUACUGCUGCUAUCAAAGUGGUUCAUAUUAAUGGUCAACUCAAAUUACCAGGCUUCAGAUUUACGAGAGUCUACAGGCAUUAUGCACAUUUUUUGUUUAAAAAAAGUUCACCUGUGUUAAGCAAGACAGACAUCCUGGAUAUCUUAAUGUUGCCGAUGACUUUGGAAUAAGGAAGACAGAUGUUAUCUAGUAUCUAUAAAUAUUGUAACAGGAAUUUUAAGGCUUCACUAUUGGAGCAAGGACUUAAAUGUAUGUAGUUCACAAGGUACUUGCACUUUUACAUUGUUUCAGGUCCAUUAUAAUCCAGCAACAGUCAGUCGUCCACUGAACAAUACUU